AUGUUCGUUAUAAAAAGAGAUGGUCGUAAAGAACCAGUUCAAUUCGAUAAAAUUACUGCUCGUAUUUCACGUUUAUGCUAUGGUUUAGAUCCAAACAGAGUCGAUGCUGUUAAAGUUACUCAACGUAUCAUUAGCGGUGUCUAUUCGGGUGUUACAACUGUCGAAUUAGAUAAUUUGGCUGCUGAAACUUGUGCUUAUAUGACCACCGUUCAUCCAGAUUAUGCUACCUUAGCCGCUAGAUUAGCAAUUUCCAAUCUACAUAAACAAACUACCAAAAGAUUCUCUCAAGUUAUUUAUGAUUUACAUCAUUAUGUCAACCCAUUAAAUGGGAUCCCUUCCCCUAUGAUUUCAAAAAAAGUCUACGAUAUCGUUAUGGCUAACAAAGAUCUUUUAGACUCAUCAAUAGUAUAUGACAGAGACUUUUCGUUCAAUUAUUUCGGUUUCAAGACACUAGAACGUUCAUAUCUUUUAAAGCUUGACGGUAAAGUGGCUGAACGUCCGCAACAUUUAAUCAUGAGAGUUGCUCUUGGUAUCCAUUUAGAUGAUAUGGAAUCAGUAUUGAAAACAUAUAACUUAAUGUCAAUGAGAUACUUUAUUCAUGCUUCACCAACUUUGUUCAAUGCUGGUACUCCACGUCCACAAAUGUCAUCAUGUUUCUUAUUAGCUAUGAAAGAAGAUUCUAUUGACGGUAUCUUUGAAACUUUGAAAGAAUGUGCUAUGAUUUCAAAAACUGCUGGGGGUAUCGGGUUACAUAUUCAUAAUGUUCGUGCCACUGGUUCUUAUAUCGCUGGUACUAAUGGUACUUCGAAUGGGUUGAUUCCAAUGGUUCGUGUCUUUAACAAUACUGCUCGUUACGUUGAUCAAGGUGGUAAUAAGAGACCUGGUGCAUUCGCCUUAUAUUUGGAACCGUGGCACGCAGAUAUCUUUGAUUUUAUUGAAAUUAGAAAGAAUCAUGGUAAAGAAGAAAUUCGUGCAAGAGAUUUAUUCCCCGCUUUAUGGAUUCCAGAUUUGUUUAUGAAGCGUGUCGAAGAAAAUGGCCAAUGGACAUUAUUCUCUCCAAGUGAUGCUCCAGGGUUAGAUGACGUUUAUGGUAACGAAUUCGUUGAAUUGUAUGAACGUUAUGAAAGGGAAGGAUUGGGUAAGACAAUCAAAGCCCAAAAAUUAUGGUACGCUAUUCUAGAAGCUCAAACUGAAACCGGAACUCCAUUUAUUAUUUAUAAGGAUGCAUGCAAUGAGAAGACUAACCAAAAGAAUUUAGGUGUCAUUAAAUCCUCUAAUUUGUGCUGUGAAAUUGUCGAAUGGUCUUCUCCAGAUGAAACUGCAGUUUGUAAUUUAGCGUCUGUUGCUUUACCAGCUUUCAUUGAGACAUCUGAAGAUGGUAAGACUUCUACUUAUAAUUUUGAAAAAUUACAUGAAAUCUCCAAAGUUGUUACUUAUAAUUUAAACAGAGUCAUUGACAACAAUUACUAUCCAGUUCCAGAAGCUGAAAGAUCUAAUGUCAGACAUAGACCUAUUGCGCUUGGUGUCCAAGGUUUGGCUGAUACUUAUAUGCUGUUGCGUUUACCGUUCGAAUCUGAAGGUGCCAGUCUAUUGAAUAAGCAAAUCUUUGAAACCAUGUAUCACGCCUCGUUGGAAGCUUCCUGUGAAUUGGCUCAAAAAGAUGGGCCAUAUGAAACAUUCCAAGGUUCUCCAGCUUCAGAAGGUAUAUUACAAAUGGAUAUGUGGGAUCAAGAACCAUUAGGUAUGUGGGAUUGGGAAACAUUAAGGAAAGAUAUUGUUAAGUACGGUCUAAGAAAUUCAUUGACGAUGGCUCCAAUGCCAACUGCCUCCACUUCUCAAAUUUUAGGUUACAAUGAAUGUUUCGAACCUGUCACUUCGAACAUGUAUUCUCGUCGUGUGCUUUCCGGUGAAUUCCAAGUUGUGAAUCCAUAUUUGCUACGUGAUUUGGUCGAUUUAGGUAUCUGGGAUGAAGGUAUGAAACAGCAUAUUAUUACAGAAAAUGGUUCUAUUCAGAAUUUGCCUAAUGUUCCAGCUGAACUGAAAGCCCUAUACAAGACUGUUUGGGAAAUUUCGCAGAAGAAAAUUAUUGACAUGGCUGCUGACCGUUCUAUUUAUAUUGAUCAAUCUCAUUCUUUGAAUUUAUUCUUACGUGCCCCUACAAUGGGUAAGCUUACGAGUAUGCAUUUCUACGGGUGGAAGAAAGGUUUGAAAACUGGUAUGUAUUAUUUGAGAACCCAAGCUGCUUCAGCCGCUAUUCAAUUUACUAUUGAUCAGGCAGUUGCUGAUAAGGCUGCUUCCAAUAUUGCUGUUUUAUCCGACUUACGUCGUCCGACUUAUAUUCCACAAGGAACUAAAUUUACUGAGAGUCGAAAAGUAGAAAGAACCCCAUCUCCAACUCCGUCAGAAGAAUCAACAUUGGCUUCCUCAGUAUCUUCUUUGAAAAUGGAAGAAACUAAAAUUGUUACUGUGCCAAUGGAGGCUACCACCACUUUAACUGAGAAGCCUGUUGCAACGAAAAAAACAGCGAUGAUAUUAAUAUAUACGACGAACAGCCAAUAG